AUGAAUAAGACUAUUAUAGCUUUGCUUAUAGCUUUUAACAUAAUUUCAAUCUCUUUGGCUGCUACUAGCUCUGUUUGUACUACUUAUUGCCCCGCCAAUACAAAGAGUGCUGAUGGAUACGAUACCGACGGUCUCGGUGGUGGAUGCACUAAGUGCGACGCUGGUUCUUCAUCUACUGCUGGCUCAACUACUUGCACUCCUUGCUCAAUUAAUUAUUACUCAGCAACUCCAGGAAGUCCUUGCAUUGCUUGCCCUGCUGGUACAUAUAACACUGCUACCGGUUAAACUAGUUGUCCUAAGGCUUACACCGCUUGCGCAGCUGGUACUUCUAGUGCAACAGGAUUCGAUGAUGGAACCGGUACUGUCUGUAUAAAAUGCUUAUAAGGUUAUUACUCUGCUGCUUAAGCUACCACUUGUACUGCUUGUCCUAACGGUACUACUAAUACUGCUUCUGGAUCAACUAACUGUCCUGUAACUUUGACACCUUGCGCAGCUGGUACUUAUAGUUCAACUGGAUUCGAUAAUGGAACAGGUAGUUACUGUACAAAAUGCCCAUAAGGUUAAUACUCUGCUGCUUAAGCUACCUCUUGUAAUUAUUGUCCUAAUGGUACUACUAAUUCUGCUUCUGGAUCAACUAACUGUCCUGUAACUUUGACACCUUGCGCAGCUGGUACUUAUAGUUUAACUGGAUUCGAUAAUGGAACAGGUAGUUACUGUACAAAAUGCCCAUAAGGUUAAUACUCUGCUGCUUAAGCUACCUCUUGUAAUUAUUGUCCUAAUGGUACUACUAAUUCUGCUUCUGGAUCAACUAACUGUCCUGUAACUUUGACACCUUGCGCAGCUGGUACUUAUAGUUCAACUGGAUUCGAUAAUGGAACAGGUAGUUACUGUACAUAAUGCCCAAAAGGUUAAUACUCUGCUGCUGCUUAAGCUAUCACUUGUACUCCUUGUGCUAAAGGUACUACUAAUGCUGCUUCUGGAUCAACUAACUGUCCUGUAAAUUUGACACCUUGCGUAGCUGGUACUUAUAGUGCAACUGGAUUCGAUGAUGGAUCCGGUAGUUUCUGUACAAAGUGCUCAUAAGGUACUUACUCUGCUGCUUAAGCUACCACUUGUACCCCUUGCCCCACUAAUUUUUGGAAUGAUAAUUCAGGAAGUUCUAGUUGCCCUAAAGCUGUAACAUAAUGUGCUGCCGGUACUUACAGUACUUCUGGAUAUACUUUUGAUACCUGUAAUCCAUGCAAUGCUGGUUAAUAUUCAAGUGCUGGCGCUAAAGCUUGUUUGCCUUGCCCUGCUGGAACAGCCUCUAAUGUAACAUCAGCUGCUUCUUGUCCUGCUUGCCCUAAUUUAAAAUGGUCAAAUGCUGGAUCAACGACUUGCACUAUUGAUGUUAGACAAUGUCCUGCAGGCUUUUUCAGCAAAAAUAAUGGAUAUGAUUCAGACAUGCACUGUACUGGAUGCAAAAAAUGUGAUGUAAAUACUUAUUCUUCUACUGGUUCAGCAACAUGCACUGCUUGUACAAAUAGCCGUGUCUCCCCUGCUGGUUCUACCUCUGUUACUGCCUGUGCUUGCCCAGCAAAUACUUCAGGUCCUAGCGAUGGUGUUAGCAAAUGUGAUGAUAAUUCUUCUUCUAUUGUUAUUCAAUUUAGCUUAAUCCUCCUUGCUUUAAUUACUAUUUUCUGA